AUGUACUGGCCCAUUGGAACACCACGUAUUCAUGCUACCAGCAGCAGUCGAUCUCCGGCCUUCAAACUUUUCGUAUCUCACGAUGGACUCACGAGUCCCUCCGAUUCUAGCUUAACGCCAUCGCCCGGUCCCUCGACUUCUCAGCCCCGCGGUCCCCUCGAUGCUCUCGACUCUCCACCACUACCGACGCCCAUAACUCCAGGAAUUCGACCUGUCGAACAUGACGACUAUGCAACGAGCCAACCUCCGCAAAUUUCAGAGAGCACCGAGUCCGGCGGUAUUCCUUUAAAAGAUCCUAUACUGGCGUUACGAGUCUCGCGAACCGGCAACCUAUUUGCUGUUAUCACGACAACUUCGAUAACGAUUUGGCAAACUAAACCCGCUGUUAUCCUCGCUGUGGUUAUUCGAUCAGAUUACUCCCUUGAAACAUACGGCAGGAAUGUUGACUUAUUGCUAAGGCCUGACGCUGCCAUUCUCGUCAUACAUACCGAUCAAGGCUAUCUCAUCACUUACUCCCUAGCCACCGAUUCGGAUUCGCGUGUUUACAAGCCUCAUUUUGCAAAUUACAGCAAUGUUCAACGACGCAGACAGAGUCUCAUCGGAGGUCUCACCGGACUACCCCCUGAUCAGAUCCUAUGGGGUGCUGGCGAAGGACCAGGGGUUCGUGACCUGAGUGUACGCUUUAGAAUGGUUAUCAAGGUCGAUGCAGGUAUCGAAAGUGCGCUUGCCCUCGACGAUGAACUUAUGGUAUCGACAAGAAAACCUGCUGCGGUCCAAUGCAUCCGCUGGACGCCAGACAGUACAGGUUCGCAGACAAGAACCGAGAUAGUUAGCCGCAUGGGAUGGGUUGAGAAGAAGGCUACUAUUGUUGAAAUGACACACGAUCGCCCUAUGAACCUGUUGACAUGGAUCACCAGCAGUGGGCGCGCCUAUGCAGUUCAGCGAUACAACCAUCGAGCAGAGAGCAGCCAGGCCGACGAUCCAGAUGCGAAGCGCCUGUUCAAGGGCCACUGUUUUCAUAUUCCUCAGGGCGAGAAUGACCGCGCUAUUACGGCUGUCAUCAACGCACGAUUCUCACUUAUUGCUGUGGGCUGCUGUGAUGGUACGGUGCAGGUUUAUUCUGUCCGCGACUACGUUGGCAACAUUCCUCAUUCACACACUCACCAAGUUCCUGUUUCAACCGCGUCUUCAGGCGCAUUUACCACCUUGAGUUAUUCGCCCGAUGGCUAUUGUCUUUUCGCAGGGUUUGAAAAGGGCUGGUCAACCUGGAGUAUGUUUGGUAAGCUCGGAAGUCAUAGUUUUGGAUCCGAGGAAUCGACGUCACGCGCUAAUGGAGAGGACUGGCUAUCUGGAAUAGCUGGAGCUACCUGGGUGGGUGGCGGUUCCGAAAUUCUGAUGACAGCGCGCAAGCAUGAAGCAAUAUGGUCUCUCGAGAUGGCCAAGAAUGCUGUCACUGGAUGUUACAACGAAGCAAACGUCUUUCGGACAGUACUGCAAACGCCCUCAAGUGUCAUGGUUUACAGGGGGUACGACGUUCCUGAUCUCACCAGCAUUUCGGCGGAGCCUUUCCUAUGGCAUACAGCCAAGGUACCCCCGGCGUACCUCUUGAAUCAGUGGCCCAUACGGCAGACAGUCAUAUCUCCAGAUGGCCGAUACGUUGCCGUAGCAGGUCGUCGCGGUCUUGCUCAUUACAGUGUCAACAGUGGGCGAUGGAAGACAUUUGCCAGUGAGUCUAUGGAGAACGAAUUCCAAGUUAGAGGUGGCAUGUGCUGGCACCAGCAUAUCCUUGUCGCCGCGGUAGAGGCAAACAGAAAAUUUGAGCUACGACUCUUUUCUCGCGAGACGGCACUUGAUUCAGCCCAGACUCUGCAUACUCAGACCGUCCCGGCUCCUGUGGUGCUGGUCACUACUUCUGGCGAGGACUCACUUCUUGUUUAUACGUACGAGAACUUACUAUAUCACUUCAUCUUUACACCCCAUGGGGGUUCUAUACGGCUUGUUCAAGUGGGACAGAUCGCGUUCCACGGUAUUGUCAGAUCCCCGGCCCGAGUCCGAGGUUUGAGCUGGAUAUUGCCCGAUACGCAGUUAACUGACGGCGAUCCAUCCCAAGACGUCGCUGUUGCUUCGGUAAUCUUUCUUGUUGACGGAAAGCUCGUCCUACUGCGGCCAUCGCUGAAUGACGAGGGCCAGCUCAAAUACGAUAUGCGUGUUAUUGCACAAAACGUGGAGUACCACGCCAGCGUCAGGGAUCAACCGUUGCGAAAUGCGAACCGACAAUUAGAAGACAGCCCGCUGCGAAACGGACCGCCAGCUUUGAAAGAUUCUUUAUGGGUAUUUGACGGGAUGGAGCUCAAGGCUUGGCCAGACAUUAGUGAAGUGCUUGAUGUAACUGGGGAAAACGGCAAAGAGUCGCCAUCUCCUGUGUCUAUUCCCGUGGAUUUCUACCCCCUUUCCAUUCUAUUAGAAAAGGGAAUAAUACUGGGAGUUGAAUCCGACCUUGUCCAGCGCCGCGAUGUUAACUUUUCGUAUUUUCAUUUCGCAAUCAGGACACACCUGAUACUCCCAGAUCUGUUACGAUUCUACCUAAGGCAAAGCAGGUCAGUUGAAGCAUCAAACUUGGCACACCAGUACAAAGAACUUGAGUAUUUUGCACAUGGACUCGAAAUAUUGCUACAUCGUGUGUUGGACGAAGAGGUGGACACCUCCCCUCAGCCUGUGGAUGCUGUACUACCUCGCGUACUGUCCCUCUUAUCAUCAUUUAAGGAGUAUCUCGACAUUGUAUUACAAUGCACGCGCAAGACUGAGGUUCGGCAAUGGAAGACGCUCUUCGCGUAUCUGCCACAAGCUCAAGAACUAUUUGAGGAGUCUUUGCAGCGAGGAUCUCUGAAGACAGCGGGUGGAUAUCUCAUCAUAUUGCACACACUGGACGAGUUGGGUUCCUCGACUGAACAGUCGGUGCGACUGUUAUCUCGUGCGAUGCGGGAAGGCGACUGGGAACUGUGUAAAGAACUUGCACGUUUCUUGGCGGCCAUGGAUGAAACGGGUGAAACGUUACAAGAGACCAUGAAGAUGGUCGAGGUGGUACUCAAGCAAGAUUCAGGACAUGACGGUAUAGGAAGCCGACUUCAGAUCCCAUCGUCGCGAGCAACGAACGGAGGAACUAGUUUGACAAGUGGCGACGAGGACGGAACCUCAGAAUCCGAGAGACGUUCUGGAAGCGAUGGAGGUAGUGUCGCUUCGACGGUUAGCGCCACAUAG